AUGACCAAAUUUUGGCUGAGCCUUGCAGACUUCGUCUGUAUGGAGAUACAAGGAUUCCCAUUUACGUAUAAAGAUUAUACUACCGUAUCGGAAGAUGAAGGAAUUGAUACAACCGUCGCAGCCGAUAAAACAGUUAACCGGCCAUCUCCUAAUACCGAUACGUUUGAGGAAACAAUCGUGGAUCCUUUACACUCAAUACCACAGAACUCUUUGAGACAGAUGUUGAAGUUGCCGAAAUAUGUUGAACAAAUUAUGUGGUAUUCUUUCAGCGUCUGCGUGGAUGCGUUAUUAUUCGAACUGACUUUGAUGCCCGUGCAGGCUGUUGGCACGAUUAUGUAUGUCAGUCAAAGGUGGAUGAUGUGGCUAACAACCUUUUACAAAAAGGACCUCACAGACUUAUCUGUAUCUGAAUCCGGUGAUACGGCGCCGUUAGAUAAAAAAUUUAUGGGUAGUUGUGAUUGCACUGGUGGUUAUGGCGAUCCAACUGCCAGUUGUAGAUAUCGCCCAAAAAGAUGGAAUACAAAAGGUGGGUUUGGCGAUUUAUGUCGCAUGCAAUGCGCUGAUAUUACAGACUCAAUCGUUAACGAUAACAUGGAAACCGAUAUAUUAAGAUGUGUUGAUGGGACAGAAAAGCAGGCAUCUGACCAAAAAAGUCAAACUGAGGCCGACGUGUUACCCGAAAAUAAUUAUCUCCGUAAUGCUUAUGAAAUAUUAUACGGAUGUUUUAAAAAUUGCAAGAGAGGUGCAUCAUCGUUGUUUAAAGUUAAAAAGGUCACUACUAUGGAUGAUACAAAUCUGCUGAGUAACAAGGAUGUAUUGCUUAUUAAUCCAAACGAAGCGUGUGGUGCGGCGCGAUUCAUGGCUCUUGUGAUGGCUGUUAUUAUUCUUUCGCGUAUAGAUACUUCUCGAGUAUAUCACAAUAUACGAGGGCAACCCUUUUUUAAACUCUAUGUAAUAUUCAACAUGCUGGAAAUAUGCGAACGACUAUGCAGGUCAUUCGGCAGGGAUUGCACCGACAACCUUAUGCGAGCCGCUAUCAAAUUGUACAAAACAAGUACAAAUUUUGAUUCGCGUAUAACGGCCAUUUUGAAUGUAGAGCAGCUACAAAAGAAGACUGAUGAUCUUAAACAAAACACGAAUGGUCAAAGUUUUGCAAGCGCAGUUAUCACAAACGCAUCUACCCGUUUUGGAAGCCAGAUGGGCAUAUCAUAUAACGAUGAAACUGAACAACCAACGCAUAACUCCGUAGUUUCAUGUGAACUGCGUACACAUGAGUCGAAAAUGGAAGCACACGGCACCGUGCCACCAUCGUCUCCCAUACAUUUCGGCAGGGUUGCACAGACACGCGAAUUAAUAGAACCCGUUGCUUGCAAAACUACCGGUGUUAUAUCAUCACCGCAUCCGGAUGCAAAGUUAACUAAGAAUUGGCACCAUUAUCCAAAUGAGCUCUUGGAACCGUCCAUGGAUACCUUACCGGAUUCAGUAACUCAUGACGCAUCCAAAGAUCGACAACAAUGGAGAAGUCUUCUCAUGGAAUUUUCUAUGUGCUAUCUGUUAGUGAUUGUGUACAUAAUGUUUCACACUUUCAUGCACCUAGUAAGGAUGCUUAGCCUUAAUAUCGCAAUAAAUUCCUCGGAUUCGGCGAUGUUCCUUCUUAUGGUCACCAAUAAUUUCGCAGAAAUCAAGUCUACAGUGUUCAAAAAAUACAAUGAAGUGUCUCUCUUUACCAUAGUGGCGACCGAUUCAGUAGAACGUUUUCACCUCUGUUUUGAUGCGAUGAUGGUUUUCUUCAAAAUGUCAACUGUGCGGAGCCCGGUGAAUUCAUAUUUCACGGUGUCACGUUGGCUGACUAAGAUGUUCGUCUUAGAAGUUUUGAUCGAUUAUUUUAAGCACGGUUUCUUGUUAAAAUUUAACAGAAUUAACGGGCAAAUAUUCAAGAGGUACACUGAAGUUUUGAUGGGUGAUGUUGUCUUGUCACGUUGCUGGCGCAUCAAACAACAAUUGGUCAAUUUCAACUUCCGAGUUACAUGCAAGGGAACGUAUUCCUUCUCGCAUAUACCAUCACGGAGGCUAGGUUUCAUGCCAUCACCAAUAGUAACCCUCAUUGUUUGCAACAUCCCAUAUAUAAGAAACAUGCUCACGUUCUGGCGUUUCUUAGGGGCUGUUUUUAUUUGGUUGACACUAUUCUUUGCGAAAAUCGUGUCCUCCAUCUUGCUAGUGGCACACGGUAUAAGAAAACGUAAAAAUCUUUUACGCCUCAAGUCGCCAAUGGACAAGAUCGGGGCUCUGUAG